AAGCGCGGGUGAGCGAUACAACUUAAGACAGGAAAGCCAUCAUCAUCGUAUGUCAUACGGCCAAUACAACUACGCUGCCGGACCUACGGCAUCACAGCACUAUCCGUUUCAAUAUCCCGAAGAAUACGCCGAAACGCUAGGAGGCCAAACACGUUCGCCCCGCACCGAGCUCCUAUCCCCCAUAUCCUCGCAUCCAUCUUUGACACCUCCUCCCGACGUGCCGGUCUACACCGUGCCCAACACCGCGCCCCACACCGCGCCCCCACCCGAACCCGAAUCUGCACCCGCACCCGCGCCCGAACCAGAGUCUGAUGAGCUCGACCCUGCGCGUGGGCGCUCCUCGCGGCAUCGCGGCCCCUCAGCCCGUUUCCAGCGCGAGCGCGAGCAAGUGCACGCGUCCGCCGCCGCGACCGAAGUCCUCGCGUCCCUCAUCGCGAAAGAAUACGAGUGCCUGCGCCUGCGCAAGUACCUCAAGCACGCGCUGGCGCGGCUCGCGGCGGACGACGCGCGCGUGUCCGAGGCCGAGCGCGUCACGCAGCACGCGCUGGACCAGCUGCGCGCGGUCACGGACGCGAAGCUCGCGGCGGAGCGCAUGCUCGCGGGGGCGCAGGAGCAGCUGCGGAUGUGGAAGUUCCAGCACGAGCACGCGCAGCAGGAGAUCGUGCGUGCGCAGAGCGUCGUGAAGCUUGUCGAGGAGCAGAAGGAGGAUGCGGAGCGGGACGCUGCGGCGGCGCGGAGCUCGGCGCGUAAGCUGCAGCAUCGUGUCUUGGUUGCGGAGGCGAUGGAGGAGGGGAGGAGGCUGGGGUAUGACUCUGGAUUGCGCAUGGCGCAGAGAGAGCUGGAGCUGCUGGGGGUUGCGAAUGCAACUAAGAGUAAAGCCGCGCAGCCUCCUCUUCUUAUGGCCCCGAGUCGGCCUCCUUACGAGGCUCAGUCCCCGUACCGGGUUCCACCGAUGGAGAGCGGCGAAAUUGAAGAUUUGAGCGAUGUUUCCGACGAUGACGAUGACGAUUUCGAGGAGAUGUUGGCCCAGAAUGCUUCUGCUGCUCAAAAGCCGGCCGUUGCUGCUCCGCAACCGGUUCUGGCAAUGCCCAGUCCUGUGCAUCCCGCCCCUCCCGUUCUAGGCAGCACCAUACCCAUGUCUGCUCGGUCGCCAUCGAUCCAACUGGACCGUUUCCCGAUAGAAAUACCCUCUGCAUCGGUGUUGAAUGAUGCUCCUCCCCCGGUGCAGUCGCGCCGUCCUUCGUUCAGGCGCAAGCCAAAACAACCAUCCCCUGCACCAAAGCCUCCGCCAUCUCUCGCACCAAGACCUCCACCGUCUCCCGCGCGCUCCGCCGUUGUGCUCCCGCCGCCUGCGAGCCGACUACCGGACAACUAUGUCCCGCUUUCCACCGAGGGUGGCAUCGUGCUUCCACCGCCGUUCCAUCUGUCGCAGACUCUUUUGCCCCAGAUUCCAUCGCCUGCUUCCGAGAUUGCGUCCGCUUGGACGGAUCUGCAGACAAAUCGAGCGCAAGCACCCGCGCCGAAAUACAGCUACCGCGGCCCUUCACCUGACCGAGCGAGUUCUCAUGUGCCUGAGAGACAGCAGCGGGCAACGUCAUCUCAUGGGCACAGACCGAAUGAACACUCUAGCGGUGCUCAUCGACAGCCUGUGGCAUCGACCCAUUCUCGCAGACGGUCUGAGCACAGACCAGGUUCGGAUGCCGAUGCGUUUUCGUAUACCCAUGCGUCGCAAGUCGGCGGAGGCGGCGCCGAUCCGACCAGCGGACGCAAUCUGCGCCGGAGCAAAGACAAGCGACCGAUAUCGCCUUCCUCUGCGGGAUCGCCCAACUACGGAAUUCUGCAGACUGAUCUUCCGAGUUUCGGCGCGCAGAUGCACUACUUGCAGCAGCAGCAGCACGCGCAUGUUCCCGAGGGGUUCAUUCCACAGAGCGUCACUGUUCCGGCGCAGGUUACCAUUCCAGUCAGCGUGCGAGGCAAGACGAUAUCUUCGCCUGUGGGAGAGGCCGUCGACGGCCGGGGACGGCCGAUCUCCAUCAUCAGUCGCCCCAUUUCCGUGGGCAGCCAGCGGCCCGUGUCGGUUAUGAAUCCUCGGCCCGUGUCCGUCGCCGAGCCACGGCCGGCCACUCCCGCCCGACGCCCCGUCUCAGAGCUCAGCCACGCGCCAACCGAGGCUUGGCGCUCCGGCGCGUCGCUCCAGCCCGACCCGCUCCCUCCCCGUCCGCGCUCGCGGGUGAGCAUGCACUCGAACGUCGGGCCGACGCUGACGGCGGGCCCGGCACUAACGCGCCAGGCGUCCCGCAACUCAUUGAUCUCGAAUAGCUCGUAUGCGCACUUUGAGCCGGCGUCGUAUGUCGACCCUGCGUUCUAUGCUGUCGAUGGCCAUGGGCCUGGGCGAGGCGGGCAUGGGCCUGCUCGUUCGCGUCCUAGACAGAUGCUGCUGCUCCAGCUCCUCUCCCCCCUAAUCAUUGCGCCGGUAGCCCUCUCAGCAUCCCAGCAACCUUUCAACGCGCUCGUCCCACCACUCACCACCCCCAACAAAAUCGUCACUCCCGAGAUCGACGCGUGGGUCACCACCCAACUCGCGCGCUGGAACUCCACGGGCCUCUCCCUCGCCGUCGUGCGCAAGGACGCCGCGCAGCCGGGCGGGUGGGCGGUCGAGUUCGGCUCGUAUGGUUUCGCGCGGCAGGGCGUGCCGGUGCGCCCCGACACGCUGUUCGCGGUCGCGUCGGACAGCAAGCUGUUCACGGCGGUCGCGGUCGGGUUGCUGAUUGCGAACGAGACGCUGGCGGGGCAGCGCGGGCGGCGGGUGCGGUGGGACACGCCCGUCGGCGAGCUGUUGCCUGAGUGGGGCUUGUGGGACGCGCGCGCGGCGCAGGUCACGCUGCAGGAUAUGCUGACGCACAGGACGGGGAUACCCCGCCACGAGUACUCGGGCCAGGCGCGGGGCGGCGGGCUUCCUGAGAUGAUAUCUACUCUGCGGCAUCUGCGCCCGUCUGCCUCGCUCCGUGACCGGUACCAAUACAACAACCUGAUGUUCGAAGCGCUGGCGCAUCUGCCUGCAACACUGCUCAAUCAAACAUUCGAGUCGUAUAUCGAGCAGCACCUCUUCAAACCGCUCGGGAUGGACUCUGCGACAUACUCCGUGCGCGACGCCGAGGCGGGAGGGGAAAUGGCCCAUGGGCAUCACUGGGACAUGCGGGACUAUUCGCGCAAUAUCACGGGGACACGCGUGCCCAUCGACCCGUACUUUCUGCGACCGGGAGAAGAGGUCAUCUGGAGGGGAGCCGCGGGCGUCUUGGUCUCCGUUCGCGAUAUGGCUAUGUGGGCUGCCAUGCUCAUGAACGAGGGCCGGCAUCCGCUUACAAACGAGACAAUCGUUCCAAAAGACGUAAUCGAGCACAUCUCAGCGGGCGUCAGUGUGGUCGCAGGCAAGGCCGUGCAUCCGGAACAAAGUCCCAAGCUGUAUGCGUGCGCGCGAGUGCGGUAUUCCUACCGGGGACACGAGAUUCUGGAGCACGGGGGCAGCAAUCCCGGCUUCAAAUCCCAGUUCACUCAACUCACGAACAACGAGCUUGCGAUCAUCGCCAUGUCGAACGACGAUAGAGGGGUGCCUUUGACGGAGGGGAUCAAAUGGAGGAUCCUCGACAGUGUCAUGGGCCUGGAGCCGCUCGAUUGGAAUUCCAGAUUCGAGCAGGAUAUCGAGAACGAAAAACGGUUCCGUGGCCUGGGGACUAUGGUCCCCCGUCCCUCACACCCGGAGCCUGCAUCGCUCCCGUUCUCCGAGAUGCAGGGUGUCUUUUCUCAUGCGGCCUACGGCCCAUUUUCACCGUGUCUGUUCGACGCGCCGACGUCGUGCUCUGACCCCACAGUCGAGCGCAUGGUCCAGGCAAAUGCGUCUCUGCACCCCGCGCCCACAUUCGUGGUCCCGUUCAAACGGACGCUAGCUACGCACCUGCUCUUCACGCAUUUCUCGGGCAACACGUUCAACGUGUCGGUCAUCUGGUCCAACACGCAGGCGCGGCUGGACGCUGGGUAUCCCGCGGGGGGAGACGUCGUCGUCGGUUUCGACGAGAGGCAUACCGUCGAAUGGGUCGGCGGCGCUCGCGAGGCGCGGUCUCAGCACGGAUGGGCGUUUGGCGGGAACUUUUGGGGAGCGGAGGGUGGGUAUGGUGAGGUGUUGGAGGGAGCAGAAGCUUGGUUCGGACGGGUGGCAUAG